UUACGGUUUCCCGAAAUUUGGGAUUUUUUUUUUAAUUACAAAAGGCUUCUGAAUUGCUUUAAACACAAAUCUAAUUUUGUCGGCUAGUGUUGCUAUUGUGUUAGAUUCUAUGAAACUGAGAAGAAUGAUUCUGUUCAUCAGUUCUGUUUUAGAUUAUGUUCGUGCAUGUUUUGUCCUUUGAUGUGGGAGCUUUGGUUAACAAUGUUUUAAGUAUGCUUCCACUUAGAUUUGAAUGGUUGUUCAAAGCCCAUUUGUGGUCGAGGACUUUCACCUCUUAGGAGAUGUUAGGAAGCUCCUUAGCUUCCCCUUUGGCUACAUUGGGUCCUGCCAAAUGCUUUCGACACUCUGCAGGUGAUUCUGUAACAUGCACUAGUAGUGUUCUACCAUUGAGACUGAACUUGUCAUAUCAUGGUGUGGCUGGAGGAGUAAGGACAUCUCGUGGCCCACGAAACAAGUGGAUAGUGGUCUGUUCACCAACGCAAGUGGAAACCUCUGGUGAUGAGCCGAAGACAUGGGAAGAAUGCAAAGAAGCUCUGUCUCGUUUUGAUUUCAGCGUAGAGGAGCAAGACAAGAUACUAGGAAAAGCGUUUGGUCAUAUCCACUCGCCCUACUGGACAGAAGAGCGAGUGAAGGAGAAUCCAAAGGUGGAAGCCUUGAAUCAUGUGCUUGAGUUCCUUAGAGGUCUCGGUUUGUCAGACGAAGAUGUACACAAAGUGCUGAAGAAGUUCCCGGAAGUACUUGGUUGCAGCUUAGAAGAAGAGAUGAAACCCAACAUUGGGAUCUUGGAAAAUCAAUGGGGGAUUACGGGUAAGUCGCUGCGAAGUCUGUUGCUUCGGAACCCGAAAGUGUUGGGGUACAAUGUGGAUUGUAAAGGAGAUUGUAUUGCUCAGUGUACUCGGUGUUGGGUUCGGUUUUAGUCUUUCACUAGUUCGUUUCUUUGUUUGUAUCUACUCCUCCAUCUUAUGGUUUCGUUACAGCUACUGAAAUAAACAAGCAUUGAUGGUUGAAGGACCAAUGUGAAUGCUUGUACUUAGAUGAAUCACACAUUAAUUUUUAUUUGAUGAAUUAGAAUGUUUAUUCGAUUUU